CCCAGCCGCCUCCUCCAGCCGCUCCGCCAGCUGCAGCCGCCCGUCCGCCCGCCGCGCCAGCCCGCCCGCUGCAGCCCCCCGAAGCACCCGCCGCCGCCGCAGCAUGAGAGAGAUCGUGCACAUCCAGGCGGGCCAGUGCGGCAACCAGAUCGGAGCCAAGUUCUGGGAGGUGAUCAGCGAUGAGCACGGUAUAGACCCCAGUGGGAACUAUGUUGGUGACUCCGACCUGCAGCUGGAAAGGAUCAGUGUCUACUACAAUGAAGCCUCCUCUCACAAAUACGUCCCUCGCGCUAUCCUGGUGGACCUGGAGCCUGGCACCAUGGACAGUGUUCGCUCAGGUGCUUUUGGGCACCUCUUCAGACCGGACAACUUCAUCUUUGGUCAAAGUGGUGCUGGGAACAACUGGGCCAAGGGCCAUUACACAGAAGGUGCUGAGCUGGUAGAUUCUGUCCUGGAUGUGGUGAGAAAGGAAUGUGAGAACUGCGACUGUCUACAGGGGUUCCAACUCACUCACUCCCUAGGUGGGGGCACAGGGUCCGGCAUGGGAACCCUCCUUAUUAGCAAAGUACGUGAAGAAUACCCAGACCGGAUCAUGAACACUUUCAGUGUGGUGCCUUCCCCAAAAGUGUCUGACACUGUGGUGGAACCCUACAAUGCUACAUUGUCCAUCCACCAGCUGGUGGAAAACACGGACGAGACAUACUGCAUUGACAACGAAGCCCUCUACGACAUCUGCUUCAGGACCCUCAAGCUGGCCACGCCCACCUAUGGGGACCUCAACCAUCUGGUUUCUGCCACCAUGAGUGGUGUCACCACCUCCCUGAGAUUUCCGGGGCAGCUCAAUGCUGACCUUCGCAAGCUGGCCGUCAACAUGGUACCUUUUCCUCGCCUUCACUUCUUCAUGCCUGGCUUCGCUCCUCUGACAGCCCGUGGGAGCCAGCAGUAUCGAGCCCUAACAGUGCCCGAGCUCACCCAACAGAUGUUUGAUGCCAAGAACAUGAUGGCGGCCUGCGAUCCCCGCCAUGGUCGUUAUCUCACCGUGGCCACCGUCUUCAGAGGCCGCAUGUCCAUGAAGGAGGUGGAUGAGCAGAUGUUGGCCAUCCAGAGCAAGAAUAGCAGCUAUUUUGUGGAGUGGAUCCCCAACAAUGUCAAGGUGGCAGUGUGUGACAUCCCUCCCCGGGGCCUGAAGAUGUCCUCAACCUUCAUUGGCAACAGCACAGCCAUCCAGGAGCUCUUCAAGCGCAUCUCGGAGCAGUUCACUGCCAUGUUCCGGCGUAAGGCCUUCCUUCACUGGUACACCGGCGAGGGCAUGGAUGAGAUGGAGUUCACAGAGGCCGAGAGCAACAUGAACGACCUUGUCUCAGAGUACCAGCAGUAUCAGGAUGCUACAGCUGAAGAGGAAGGAGAGAUGUAUGAAGAUGAUGAAGAGGAAUCUGAAGCCCAGGGCACCAAGUGAGGGGCAGCAGGCCAUGGGCAGUGCUUGGUUCCUCCAAUGAGGGCUGAGCAGUGACACAGCCCUGCCAUUCAUCACCGCUACUCAUUUGCUGAGUUUGUAGGCAACCAGCUUCUAGCUGCUUCUGAUACAAGGGUUCCAAAACUUAAAAGCUGUUCAGUAUUUAACCUUCUUGUUCUCCUCCCCCCCACCCCCCAGUUUCCUCUCCUCUGCCCCAAGUCUUAUGAGUUAGUACAGCUCCCUCUCCCCAUGACUUUGAUAACUUCAAGGGCCCUGGUCUUUAUUUUUUACUGGUCUGUGUCUAUUUUUAUGUUUUGGAAUACUUAAUAAAUCUAUUGCUGUCCAGCA